AUGCAAGAAGAAUUAUUGCUGAUUGAUAGGCUCGAGGACCAGCUCAUAGACCAUCCUGAUGCCACGACCAAGCAUGAUCUCAACGGGGACACCCUAGACGAGACGUUCCAGAGGAAAUUGAAUGCUCGAGCUGAACAACUCGCCAGCCAAGGCUCGCAGGAUCCAGACGAUAAAGGAACUCUUCAACGUCUAAUCAACAAAACCGAGUUGAAGUACACAUAUCGAGACUACGGUAGCUUGGAAAAUGAGUUAAACGACUGGUUCGUGGCUCAUGACUUCAAAGUUAUAGAUCUUGAUGGCUUAAAUGCUAGGUACACUGAAGGCCUUCAACGGUUUGAAAGUCAGUUUCAACACAUAGAAGACGAGGUAGAAAUCGAGUAUUUGAAGCAUUGCGUCGAGUCCUUGACUCAAGAUGAGAUAUGUGGUCUGUCACUUGAUACAUUGAUCUACUACGGGUUUGGCAAAUUUAAACUGUGCACAGGUGUUUGUGAGCAAGUGCACCAGAUUCGAGAUAACGUUAAAGUGCUUUAUUCGUUGGGCGUCGUCGAAGGUGUGUGUCACCAGAUAAACCUUUUCAUUGAUGAAAGGAUUAAUGCCGACGAUCUGGGAAGUGACCAACUAACAGAUGAUACCAACUAUUUCAAAGCAUUGACGAUACUUUAUUUCAUGGUGAACACUUUUCUUCAAUGCAGCGAUUCCCCCACUUACUUGAGCUUCAGAACAGAUAUGAACGAUAUCGAUCUCAUGAGUAGCAUAGUAAGUUUCAUUCAACAUUGGAAGGUCAAUCCCAAUGGGAACUAUAGAAUUCGGCAUUUGAUCAUCUUGCUAUGGAAGUUAAUUCUACUUGAAUUUGGUGGGUCAGAAACGUUGCAGUCUUGUGAUAAGUUUCUUAUCAAAUACCAUAAUAUCAAGAGCAAAGAUAACAAACUUAACAAGUUGACAUGUUCUCCGUUGGACUACUACACUUUCAGACAAGACCUUGUGGACAAGUAUCCGUUGUUUGGCGAGCUUACCCUGAUCAAAACUGAUCCUUAUGACUUUAAACAGUUCGGUAAAACCUUGGACGAAAUUAAUGGCAAUCCCAGAGCACCCAACCCAUCGUCAUCAUCAUCUUCAUUACGCGAGGACUACGACUUCUUCAUGGCAUUGAACUCUCAGUCGAGCUCGUUGUCCAACUACAUCGCACAUCCCAGAACUAACGGCGUCCACACCACACAACGACAGUUACCUGCUCAAACUGUGCACAUCUCCACCCCAGUUCCAUCCCCACCGUCAACUCCAUCGGACUUCAUGUCUGGUGGAGAGAAGAUCAGGAAACUGUACCAAAUAAAUCAAAGCAUGCCAUUUAUUUACCCAUUAAGUGACGAAGUUGAAGUGCCAUAUGCCGUAAAAGAGGCGGAUGAGAUCCUUCGAGACUCUAUAUACGACAGCUAUUCCAACAAAAGACUUUGGGCAGAACGACAGAAGUUUAUGGUACAGGAACGAGGAUACUUGAAUAAUUACGAGGAGGAGGUUUCAGAGUCUCAGUCAGACGAGUUUGAGUAUAAUAUGGAUGAUCUUUUGAAGAAGUACCCAUCGAAUGUUCUUGAGAUAAAGUCUUUUAUGAGGGUAGAAAAGUUCUACGGAAAAAACUUGGAUAAGCUCAGCAGCUUGAUGGAGGUGUUGAUCGGCACCAUCAGGAGUUACAAAAUCGAACACAAUUUGCAUUUCAUUGAAGAUGAGUUGAAUGGUGAAACCCCAUAUUAUGCCAACGAUAAGGAAUUGAUGAAUAACGAUAAGAAAACCCAAAUAGACAAAAUUUUGAUUCAACAAUUGGAAGUUCUCCGUACUAAAGAAAUCACUGCCAAAGCUAGCUCCGGUAUUAUUUGUCUUUUAUUGAAGUGGUUCAAAAUUAAUCACGUUCUCAAGUACUACUACUUGACGACGAUUCUUUUUGAUUCUCAAGUGUGCACGGUGGCCAUGGACUUUUUAACCGAAACGUUCAACAACCCUAACAACCGAGAAACUACCAACGGUCAUGAAUUAGAAAAUGCUUACGACUCCAUGAUUUACCAGAAUCAGUUGACCAACCCAGCCAUUGCUAUCCCAAUGCUAAACUUUUUUAACCAGUGCCUUGGAAAUUCAAAGCCGCACAGGUUCCAUCUCAUCAACAAAAAGAAGUUGACAGAGUUUGGCACCAAAUUAACCGAGAACAACGUCAAUAAGUUCGUUAUUGAUGAGGUUAACGAGAACCAUUGCUUCAUCAUGAUCAACUUGGUGAACAUUAUACACAAAGUGAUACUCAAAAAUCAUACGCAGCGAAUUUUGACUGUCAACGAGCUCAAGCCAUCUGAGAUCUUCAAGAUGAUUGUGGUUAACUUUGACAACCCUCAUCUUACGAUACCAAUCCUUAAGAUACUCAAACAAUUGAUUCCAUACCAAGGACGGAAGUGGAAGAGUCUAAACAUGGACCUAAUUUCAAUGGUGUAUCUCAAUUGUCGACUCUCUAUGAGAGAUACAUGGUUGAGUGGGAAAGACGUAGAAAACGAUUUCCACAACUCGUUCGAUCAGGAAAUCAGCUUGCGAGGCCUUCUCCAGUUUUACAACAUGCGCAAGUACCCCGAAAAGAUGAGGUGUUUGGGAUACGAAGUAGCUCCAGAGUUUACCUCGUUCCCCCUGGAUGAGAACUUCGACUACCUUUAA